AUGGCCACGGCCGCCGAACUCCAAAAGCUCGAAGCCGAGCUCAAGGAACGCGAGUCUCUCCUCCAAGCUCGUCAAGCUGAACUUGAUCGCCGUCUCACCGAGUCAGGCAAAACCCCAGCCACCACCACCCAAAACCCCUCCUCCUACGUAGCCUCCCUCAAACCCAACGUUGCUAUCACCCUUGACCUCCAUGACUCCAACUACAUCAAGUGGCGUGAGCUUGUCCUCGUCGCUCUAGGUCGCUACGGCCUCACCCACCAUGUCAUCGGCACCGAUGCCGCCACCCCAUCCGACACAUCUCCGACCUCAGAUUGGGCGCGCGAUGACUUCACGGUUCUCUCAUGGAUCUACGGCUCGAUCUCCCCCGAGCUCUUCGGUAUCAUCAUGGCACCAGGGUCUACGGCGCGGCAGAUCUGGGACUCCAUCGCCAAUCUCUUCCACGACAACAAGAAGAGCCGCGCCCUUGCUCUGGAUGCGGAAUUCCGCAACACGCCUCAAGGACAUAUCUCCGACGAGACGCUGGUGCUGACAGUGCUCCGUGGCCUCAACGAGCAGUACAGCCACCUCCGCUCCUUUUUACCAUAUCAGGUGCCGUUUCCCUCGUUUUUGCAUACCCGCUCCGCACUCGUCCUCGAGGAAACCCAGAAGAAGGCCGACACAAAGACUGCUUCUGCCACGGCCCUCUGGGCUAGUGGCAAUAGCGUCCUCCCUCCCGGCGGCGGGGCACCGCCACCAACACCUCCAGCUGACCGUGGCUCUGCCUCUAGCCUCACCGAUCCGCGCCACACUGCCCUCGUGCCCUACUCCAACCCUGGCCGUGGCGGUGGUUACGGUGGCCGUCGUGGACGUGGUGGUGGUCGUGGGCGCGGCCGCGACAACAACAAUCCCUGGAUGUUCAAUCCAUGGACUGGCCUCCCGACUCGAGCCGGCCAGCAGCAACAACAGUCUUCACCACCACCAUGGCAACAGCCUCCCUCCGCACCAUGGCAGCCCCGGCGGCGCGCUCCUGGCCUCCUAGGACCCCGCCCCGGCGCUGCAUAUACAGCCUACGGUCACCAGCAACCACCCAACGGCACGCCUCAGCACCUGGACCCGGCUCUGCUCACCGCUCUCUAG